AAGGAGGUGGAGGCAGGAAAAUGGCAGCGGCGAGGACGACGGCGCUAACGGCAGUGGCGAGGCGAGGCGGCGAUGGUGGCGGCGUCGGCAGUGGCCCGAGGCGGCGGGCGACGUCGGCGGCGGCUCGGUUGCCUGCGCUUUUGCUGGUGGCAGCUCUUAGCCUGUUCCAGGUUUCAGCCGUAGAAGUCUACACACCACAGGAGCUCUCUGUGGAGAAUGGGACAAAGGCAAAACUGGUGUGCACAUUUACAUCUACAGAGGUGAUCAGCAGUGCAGCUUCUGUUACUUGGAGCUUUCAAGCAGAGGGAGCACCUUCUGCUGUAUCGUUCUUCUAUUAUUCCAAUGGAAAGGCAUAUCCUGGGAAAGAUGCGCCAUUUAAGGACAGAAUCAGCUGGUCUGGAGAUCUUAACAAGAAAGAUGCAUCCAUCAGUAUAGCAGACAUGCGGUUUCAGGACAAUGGCACUUACGUCUGUGAUGUGAAGAACCCUCCAGAUAUAGUUGUCACUCCGGGAGAAAUCAAACUGAGAGUUGUGGAGAGAGGUAACCUGCCUGAAUUUCCCCUUGCUCUUGUGGCAGGGGUAGCCAUUGGUGGAGCUCUGGGUUUAAUUUUGCUCAUUGUUCUUAUUGUGUGUGUUGUAUACAGAAAGAAGAAUUCUAAAAAGCAUUACUCUGGCUGCAGUACAUCUGAGAGCUUGGUGUCUCCAGUUAAGCAGGCUCCAAGGAAGUCCCCCUCCGACACAGUGGGUCUGGUAAACAGCGUGCCCAUCCGAUCUCACCAGGGCCCAGUAAUUUAUGCACAGUUAGAUCACUCUGGCGGGCAUUACAGUGACAAGAUCAUCAAGUCAGAGUCUGUGGUCUAUGCUGACAUUCGGAAGAACUGAGGAGAUCCCAACCUACCCAAAGCUAAACAAAAAUUUUAACUGGAAUCGCUUGAAGAAAAUUGACCCAGAGAACUCACAUGUGGCCUUUGAUGCCUAGGCUAGGACCAAUGCAUGUGCAUACAGAGAGAAAGAGAUUAUAUAUGUAUUGUGUGUAAAUAGUCUAUUUAAUCGAACAGAAAUGAGACCAAUGUUGCAUGUUGAAAUAUGGUAAAAAUUCUGCUUAUAAAUUACCAAUAUUUUUUUUGUAUCUAGGAUAAGGGGAAGAAAGUGAAAAUUCAUAUUACACUUUUUAGAUAACUUGUCUUAAUUGUUUCGUGGAAAACUGGAAAAAUUCCUGGAUAUUUUGAAUGGGUUUGAUACUUUGUUUUUACAGGUUCUGUUUCUCUGAUGAAAUUGACAUGAAGAAAACUGUUUCUGCAUGAUUCCUUUUCCAACUCUGGUGCUUUCCACACUUUACUUUUUCAUGAAACUUGACUCAUGUCCUCUCUCUUCAACAUCCACUUAAUCUCUUACCCUGUGGGGGAAAACAAUCCACUUCCCAUAGCUUCCAGCCUAAUCUCAACUGGCUGGAGCCAAAUUUCAAUCUUUAGGGCAUUACACUAACAUCACUAAUACAGUCUUCACAAGGCUGUUUUAAGGAAGCAGCAUUAAUUGAAGUCCCUUUACAUACCCUGCCACCCUGCUAUAAGAGU